CAGGGGAUGCCACAACCCCACCAAUGCCUGAACAGGGAAUUCCAGAGAUACAGGAAGAACAAGUGACCCCCUCCACCACUGUGCUGGUGACCCUGAGCACCCCAGACAUUGACAGAUGUGCUACUGGAGACACCAACAUCUGUGGCCCUGGAACCUGCGUGAACCUCCCAGAUGGAUACAGAUGUGUCUGCAGCCCUGGCUACCAGCUGCACCCCAGCCAGGCCUACUGCACAGAUGACAACGAGUGUCUGAGGGACCCCUGCAAAGGGAAAGGGCGCUGUAUCAACCGCGUGGGUUCCUACUCCUGCUUCUGCCACCCUGGCUACACGCUGGCCACCUCGGGGGCCACGCAGGAGUGUCAAGAUAUCAAUGAGUGUGAGCAGCCAGGGGUGUGCAGCGGGGGCAGUGCACCAACACCGAGGGCUCCUACCACUGCGAGUGUGAUCAGGGCUACAUCAUGGUCAGGAAAGGACACUGCCAAGAUAUCAACGAAUGCCGUCACCCGGGUACCUGCCCUGAUGGGAGAUGCGUCAAUUCCCCAGGCUCCUACGCUUGUCUGGCCUGUGAAGAGGGCUACCGGGGCCAGAGUGGGAGCUGUGUAGAUGUGAAUGAGUGUCUGACCCCUGGGAUCUGUGCCCAUGGAAAGUGCACCAACCUGGAAGGCUCCUUCAGAUGCUCUUGUGAGCAGGGCUAUGAGGUCACCUCAGAUGAGAAGGGCUGCCAAGAUGUGGACGAGUGUGCCAGCCGGGCCUCAUGUCCCACAGGCCUCUGCCUCAACACGGAGGGCUCCUUCACCUGCUCCGCCUGCGAGAGCGGGUACUGGGUGAAUGAAGAUGGCACUGCCUGUGAAGACCUAGAUGAGUGUGCCUUCCCGGGAGUCUGCCCCUCGGGAGUCUGCACCAACACAGCUGGCUCCUUCUCCUGCAAGGACUGCGGUGGUGGCUACCGGCCCAGCCCCCUGGGUAACUCCUGUGAAGAUGUGGAUGAGUGUGAAGACCCCCAGAGCAGCUGCCUGGGAGGCGAGUGCAAGAACAUGGUGGGCUCCUACCAGUGCCUCUGUCCCCAGGGCUUUCAGCUGGCCAAUGGCACUGUGUGUGAGGAUGUGAACGAGUGUGUGGGGGAGGAGCACUGUGCACCCCACGGCGAGUGCCUCAACAGCCACGGGUCUUUCUUCUGUCUGUGCGCACCCGGCUUCGUCAGCACAGAGCGGGGCACCCGCUGCCAGGAUGUGGACGAGUGUGCCACCACAGACCUGUGUCUGGGAGGGCACUGUGUCAACACUGAGGGCUCCUUCAACUGUCUGUGUGACACUGGCUUCCAGCCCGCCCCAGAGAGUGGAGAGUGUAUGGACAUAGACGAGUGCACCAAUGACACCAUGUGUGGGAGCCACGGCUUCUGUGACAACACCGACGGCUCCUUCCGCUGCCUCUGUGACCAGGGCUUCGAGAUCUCCGCCUCAGGCUGGGACUGUGUGGACGUGAACGAGUGUGAGCUCAUGCUGGCGGUAUGUGGGGCCGCGCUCUGUGAGAACGUGGAGGGCUCCUUCCUGUGCCUCUGCGCCAGUGACCUGGAGGAGUACGAUGCCCAGGAGGGGCACUGCCGCCCACGGGGGGCUGGAGGCCAGAGUAUCCCUGAGGCCCCAACAGGAAACUAUGCCCUGGCCCCCAUCCGCAUGGACUGCUACUCUGGGCAGAACAGCCAUGCACCCUGCUCCAUCGUCCUGGGCCGGAACACCACACAGGCUGAAUGCUGCUGCACCCAGGGCGCCAGCUGGGGAGAUGCCUGUGACCCCUGCCCGUCUGAGGACUCAGCUGAAUUCAGCGAGAUCUGCCCUAGUGGUAAAGGCUACAUUCCUGUGGAAGGAGCCUGGACGUUCGGACAGACCAUGUACACAGAUGCGGAUGAGUGUGUGAUCUUUGGGCCUGGUCUCUGCCCAAACGGGCAGUGCCUCAACACUGUGCCUGGCUACGUCUGCCUGUGCAAUCCUGGCUUCCACUACGAUGCUUCCCACAGGAAGUGUGAGGAUCACGAUGAGUGCCAGGACCUGGCCUGUGAGAAUGGCGAGUGCGUCAACACGGAGGGCUCCUUCCACUGCUUCUGCAGCCCCCCGCUCACCCUGGACCUCAGCCAGCAGCGCUGCAUGAACAGCUCCAGCAGCACGGACGACCUCCCUGACCAUGAUAUCCACAUGGACGUGUGCUGGAAAAAAGUCACCAAUGACAUAUGCAGCGAACCCCUGCAUGGGCAUCGUACCACCUACACAGAAUGCUGCUGCCAGGAUGGCGAGGCCUGGAGCCAGCAGUGUGCCCUGUGUCCCCCCAGGAGCUCUGAGGUCUAUGCUCAGCUGUGCAAUGUGGCUCGCAUCGAGGCGGAGCGGGAGGCUGGGGUCCACUUCCGGCCGGGCUAUGAGUAUGGCCCUGGCCCUGACGACCUGCACUACAGCAUCUAUGGCCCAGAUGGGGCCCCCUUCUACAACUACCUGGGUCCCGAGGACACCGUGCCUGAACCUCCCUUCCCCAACACAGCCGACCACCCAGGGGACCACACGCCCAUCCUUGAGUCUCCCUUGCAGCCCUCAGAACUCCAGCCCCACUAUGUGGCCAACCAUCCAGAGCCCCCAGCCGGCUUCGAAGGGCUUCAGGCGGAGGAGUGUGGCAUCCUGAACGGCUGUGAGAAUGGCCGCUGUGUGCGUGUGCGGGAGGGCUACACCUGCGACUGUUUUGAGGGCUUCCAGCUGGAUGCGGCCCACAUGGCCUGCGUGGAUGUGAAUGAGUGUGAUGAUCUGAAUGGGCCUGCUGUGCUCUGUGCCCACGGUUACUGCGAGAACACGGAGGGCUCCUACCGCUGCCACUGCUCCACGGGUUAUGUAGCCGAGGCAGGCCCCCCCCACUGCACUGCCAAGGAGUAGCAGUCAGGGGUCAGUGUGGCAACUAUCUGGAAAUGGCCUCCAGUCACAGGCAGGGGCCUUGAGGCUGAUUUCCUAGCUGGGAAGACAGGCGUAGUCAGGCCAGAGGUUUCCAAUCAGCCUUGCCUGCUUUCAUCUCUCCCAGCUUAGCCUCUGGCUGUGAGCUUCGGUCACUGCCUCUGUGCCCUUGCUUGGCUCAAGCACCACCAAUCGCUUUAAUGCUUCAGCCACUGCAUGAGGCCCUGUUCACCACCUGUCCUGGCCUUGCUAUGGGAUGCUUACCAAAGGAUGGCCCUCAUCCACCCUCCCAAGAUGUGCAAGCAUGAAAGGCCCCAUGGCCUCACACUGCAGACACCCCUUUCCAGCCACUAUCCACCAUCAUCCUGAUGAUCCCACAACUAGGACAGAGGCUACAUCUGCUCUGUGAAGGUCCUUCAGAAUCUGUGGAGCAAGAAAGGAUUUGGGAAAACUUGGGGACUGACUCCAGUGUCCCCUCCCAAGAACCAUCACCACCACUCAGCCAAUCUGUUCUGGGCCCUGAUUUUGCCACACCUCCAUCCUGUAGCCCAUUCUCUGGCCCCAAGGAGUGGCAGAAGAUCCCUUCACUCAGACACGCAAGACUGAUAGUAGCUUGUUGAGUGUAAGAAACACAAACAAAGAAGAACAAAGAGCCUGAGAAAGCAGCAAGAGGACAUGAUGAAACGUUUGUGGAGUUGAUGAGAAAGGGGAGCCAAGCCUUCAUAUGUCUAAAGAAAAUAUUCGGUAGCUAACAUUCAAAAUACACCCAGUGAUAGCCCGUGUGCACCAGCAGCAAGGGCUGCCAUGGGAUCGCGUACCCAUCUACAAUGACCUCUAUUACAUAAACAGUGCUUCUUACAGGAAACAAACCUCUUCUAGACCCUCCUUUUGUGAAAACCAGUUUGAUGUUCUAAAAGUUAAAAGUCUACUAUUUGGUAUGGUCUUCUUCAGAAGAAGCCAGAUUUCCAAUGUUGUUUUUCCCCUCUACUCAGAAGCACCUGCCCUUUUCCCUUCAGAAAACGACGGCAGGCAAUCCUCUGAGUUUACAAGCAGAGACUCACUCCAACCCAAGCAAGCUGGGAGUUCAGAACCAUGGUAGAAUAAAGAAAUGUACAUAUGGUCUCUUCUGUUCUUGUUUUUAUUUCAUAUCAGACCAAAUAUCUUUACCAUGUUGGCUAAGUCUAAAUAUUAGAGACGAGGCUGUGCCUACUCCCUGGCCAGCUCUGCUGAUAGCCUAUGAUGGGUUCCAAUGGGAAAAGACUCUUUACUAUUGAAAGACAAGGAAAGCUCUGACUUUGCACUUCUCCGAUGAAUGGCAAUGCAAACAAACAAGGCUCCAUGUGACUGGAGCAUAGAAGUGAAUGCUGCUUUCUUAAUUUAAUCUGCCUUGUCCUACCUGCUCUUCUGAUUGUUAGUCUCACAUAACUUAUUGAAUGCUUGCUAUGUGCCAGGCACUGUGCUGAGUGCUAUACAUACAUUUCAUUUAAUUAUCCAAUGAUCCUACUUACCAUUGUUUAUUCUCAAUUUACAGGACAGGAAACUGAGACAUAGAAAGCUUAAUUUUCUCUAGGUUCCUAUAUUAAUUGAGGUGUUUCCAGCAGACAAAAAUAAAUCACUCUUAUGCAUGUGAAAAUAUUCUUUCACUCAUAAUAAAAGAAAUGCAACUUAAAACCAUACUGAGAUGCUUUUUUGAAAUUGUCAAAUUGGUAAAGAUCAGAAAGCUUGUUAAGAUGGCUAGCUGGCAAGCAUGUGGGGAAAUUGGCACUCUCAUAAUAGCUGAUAGAAGUACAUAUUGAAGAGGACGGUAUGGCAAUGUCCUUCAAAAUUAUAAAAGACUAACUCUUUGAUCCAGUAAUUCCACUUCUAGAAACUUGAUCUUCAGAUCUAUUUUCACCAGAUAUGAAAAGACAUAGGUAAGAAUUUAUUACUGCAUCAUUUGUAAUAGCAAAAGAUUAGAAACAAUUAAUUGCUAUGAAACCCUUUAAAAAGGUGUCUCUAAAUGCCUUAAGAUAUCCAAAACAAAUUGAGGGAAAAGGGAGGCUACAUAACAGCGUGUAAUAUAACACUAUUUGUCUAAAGAAUGGGGAAAGAGAAGUGGUUGUCUGUUAAUCCUUGCCACUCCACUUUAUACCUUACCAUUCAGAGACCAUCUUACCAUCCCCCAAAUAUAUCCUGCUGGCACUAUACCUUAACUGCUGUUCCCACCGCCCCUGCAACACUCCAAGCUUCGCCUUCCUGCCCAACCUUGAGAUAUUGCAUGCAUAUAUACAUAUUUCCUUUGUUUAAAACACAAACAGCCUACAAUGCAUGCUGUUCUGCACUUUGCUGGUUUUGUUUUUUUGGCUUUAUACUUGCAAGUAGAGCUGCCUCAUUCCAUUUUAUAGCCGUCUACUAUUCUACUGAAUGGAUAAACCAUAAUUUAUUUAAUCAGUCCCUCACUAAUAGACAUUUCCAUUGUUUCCUGUAUUUUGCUAUAAAUAAUGCUGCAAUGAAUAUUCGUGUGCAUAUUUCACAUUAAUUUAUGGGAUUAUAUCUGCAGGAUAAAUUCUUAGAAACAACGGUGGUUUGUGGGGAGGGUGACAGGGUGGACAGGUUCAGGAUUGGGAGACUUUUCACUGUAUCUCCUUUUGUAUUUUUUUGAAUUUUGUACUAUGUAUCACCUAUUCAAAAAUAAAUAAAAUAUUUUUAAAUACA